CGGCCAUUUUGCCGUGAGACAGCAGGAGUCAGGCGCGAUGCUUUCCACUGCCGCUUACCGGGACGGCGACCGAGCGCUGGGAAUGGGGCCUCACGGCUCCGCCGGCCCCGUGCAGCUGCGGUUUUCGCCUUAUGCCUUCAACGGAGGUACUGUAUUGGCAAUUGCUGGAGAAGAUUUUUCCAUCGUUGCUUCAGACACUCGGUUGAGUGAAGGAUUUUCAAUUCAUACCCGAGAUAGCCCCAAAUGUUACAAACUAACAGACAAAACAGUAAUUGGCUGCAGUGGUUUUCAUGGAGAUUGUCUCACGUUGACAAAGAUUAUUGAAGCAAGAUUAAAGAUGUACAAGCAUUCCAAUAACAAGGCCAUGACAACGGGGGCAAUUGCCGCAAUGCUGUCUACCAUCCUGUACUCCCGGCGCUUCUUCCCUUACUAUGUUUACAACAUCAUUGGAGGACUUGAUGAAGAAGGAAAGGGAGCUGUGUACAGCUUUGACCCAGUGGGCUCUUACCAGAGAGACUCUUUCAAGGCAGGAGGCUCAGCGAGUGCCAUGCUGCAGCCUCUGCUCGACAACCAGGUUGGUUUCAAAAAUAUGCAGAAUGUGGAGCAUGUCCCCCUGACUCUGGACAGAGCCAUGAGGCUGGUGAAAGAUGUCUUUAUUUCUGCAGCUGAGAGGGAUGUGUAUACUGGAGAUGCCCUCAGGAUCUGCAUCGUGACCAAAGAGGGCAUCAGGGAGGAAACUGUUCCCCUGCGGAAAGACUGAUGUGUGGGUCAUAUAUUAGAGCUGUGGCACAAGUUUGUUUUAUUAAAAAGAAAUGUACUCAUUUUCUUACACUGCGUCUUCUCUAAGCAUGAUAAAUUGGGAAGAAUUUCUUCCUUAGGGGUUGGAGAGAGAACUCAUCAAUUUAAAAAGUAUGGCUCUUGCAGAGGACCUAGCACCCACCUGUAACUCCGGUUCCAGGGGAUACAGUGUCCUCUUGGUUUCGACAGGCACAUGCAAAUGCCCAUAUACAAAUGUAUGUAAUGAAAAAUAAAACCACUAAUGAAAUUUUUUUCUUUAUCUGGA